UAUUUGGGUCCCCAUUGGUAGAUAUGUGAAAGAGACAAAUAGGAGGCCACCCAUAUCUUCAUUCCUCCCUUCACACUCCCAUCACCCAUACAUAGCAUGUUCUGCAGUUGAAACAGUUGAAUCCUUCCAAAAUCUGCAUUUAUUGCUCAGUAUUUUCCCCCCUUCCCACAAUUAAGUAUAAAUUCUGGCAUUGCCAAUUGCCAGAUCUUGAAUCCCUCCCAGAAAUCAAUCUUUCAGCUUCAUUCUGCAAUAAUAACCCUAGUAUAAUAAUGUCCAUCAUUUCCCAUCUUCUUGUAGUUGUUUUCCUGUCAUUCCUUUUCUGCCAUGGCUCAAGUGCUAGGUGUUUUGGCCUCAUCAACAAUCAACUUCCAAAGAGAUUGCAUCUUCUGAGCAAGCAGACCAUGACAGAAGAGAAGCUGAAACAUUAUAGGGCUUCCACUCCAUCAGUGCCAGAAGAAGAAUCCAUUAAAAUCAGCGAUAAGAAACAUGAGGAAACAACAAGAAAAGAAGCCCAUCAUCAUCAUCAUGAGAAGAAGAAAAAGAUGGACAAAAAUGGCGAAAAAGAUGGUGAAGUUUCUUCUGUGACAUGGAAGGUUAGAGAGAAGAAGAGGGGAGAACCACAGGCAGAGUUCAAUUUGGAUUAUUUACCGGCAAGAACACACCCUCCUGUCCACAAUUGAAAGUUAUCAGAUGAGAUCAUGCCCGUAUGGGCAGCUCAACUGAUCACAAAAGUGAAGUUUGGGAGCAAAGUGAUGAGAUCAUGCGAGCAUGUGGAUCGGUCUUAUGUAAUGGUGGUAAUUAAUGUCUUUAAUUACGUAAUUAGGAUUUAACACUGAUGAUCAAGGAGGAAACCUAAUAUCUUCCAAGCUAGCAGUAUAAUAUAUAUGCAUGAAACCCUAAUAUAUAUAACAAUCUUUUUAUAUA